CUUUUCCAGCUCUAAAAAAUGGACGAAAAGUUGCCAGAAUCAGUGGACGUAGUGGUGCUGGGCACCGGACUACCUGAAGCCAUUCUGGCUUCAGCUUGUGCUCGAGCUGGCUUAUCUGUGCUUCAUUUAGAUAGAAAUGAGUACUACGGCGGUGAUUGGUCAUCAUUCACAAUGUCGAUGGUUCAUGAAGUGACUGAAAAUCAGGUAAAAAAGCUGGAUUCCUCGGAGAUUUCCAAGUUAUCAGAGCUUUUGACUGAAAAUGAGCAGCUCAUUGAGCUCGGCAAUCGAGAAAUCGUGGAAAACAUUGAAAUGACGUGGAUUCCACGUGGAAAAGACGAGGAAAAGCCGAUGAAAACGCAACUGGAAGAGGCUUCACAAAUGCGGCGAUUUUCCAUCGAUUUAGUGCCGAAAAUUCUACUUUCCAAGGGAGCAAUGGUUCAAACACUCUGUGACUCCCAAGUAUCCCAUUAUGCCGAGUUUAAGCUUGUCAACCGGCAGCUAUGCCCAACAGAGACCCCAGAAGCCGGAAUUACCCUAAAUCCGGUGCCAUGUAGCAAAGGAGAGAUUUUUCAGAGCAAUGCUUUGUCAAUCCUGGAAAAGCGAGCUCUUAUGAAAUUCAUCACAUUCUGCACACAAUGGAGCACAAAAGACACGGAAGAAGGCAGAAAACUGCUCGCCGAGCACGCCGACCGCCCGUUUUCAGAGUUUUUGGAGCAAAUGGGCGUUGGAAAGACCCUGCAGAGCUUUAUUAUUAAUACGAUCGGCAUUUUACAGCAAAGACCCACUGCGAUGACGGGAAUGUUGGCAUCAUGCCAGUUCAUGGAUUCUGUCGGCCAUUUCGGUCCAUCGCCAUUCCUCUUCCCACUCUACGGAUGUGGAGAGCUCUCACAGUGCUUUUGCCGGCUGGCAGCAGUCUUUGGGAGCUUAUAUUGUCUGGGACGGCCUGUACAGGCUAUCGUGAAAAAAGAUGGAAAAAUUACGGCUGUAAUUGCCAAUGGAGAUCGUGUAAAUUGUCGCUACAUCGUGAUGUCCCCGAGAUUUGUCCCCGAAACUGUUCCAGCUAGUAGUACGCUGAAAAUCGAGAGAAUCGUCUAUGCGACGGAUAAAUCGAUUAAAGAAGCCGAGAAAGAACAGCUAACCCUCCUCAAUCUGGCAUCUCUCCGGCCCGACGCCGCAGUCUCACGGCUUGUUGAAGUGGGCUUUGAAGCCUGUACGGCUCCGAAAGGACACUUUCUGGUGCAUGCAACGGGUACCCAAGAAGGAGAAACAAGUGUCAAGACUAUUGCAGAGAAGAUUUUUGAAAAAAAUGAAGUGGAACCCUACUGGAAGAUGAGCUUCACCGCGAAUUCCAUGAAAUUCGACACCGCCGGAGCCGAAAAUGUCGUCGUCGCGCCGCCAGUUGAUGCGAAUUUACACUAUGCUAGUGUGGUGGAGGAGUGCCGCCAACUAUUCUGCACAACUUGGCCCGAGCUCGACUUUUUGCCAAGAGCCAUGAAAAAAGAGGAGGAAGAAGAGGAAGAGCCGGAAACUGAAGAAAUUGCAGAAAAUUAAUUGAAAAUUCGAGUUUUCCAUGUAAAAUUACCCCCAGACUCCCGUUUUUUUUGGCGAUAUUUCACUUUUUUGUGCAUUUUUUGUAAAUAUUUGAAGAAU